GUUCAAGGGAUUUUUAUUAUUUUUUUAAUCAUAGGUGACCUCCACACCAACAGUAGACACAGAUAAGAGAGAAACGGCAAACCCCAGGUCAUCCAGGGGUCUCUGUGAUUUCCAGGACUUGUGUUUAUUUCUCUAAGCCAUGUGUUCCAGUGAUAAUCAGUCAGACCUUCAUGUUGGCUCCACCCUGAGCUCCGGUCCUGAUUUUCAAGCCCGGUUGGCACCAAGUCUAGACAUUAUGGAAGGAGAGGGAUCCAGGGUCUGAAGUCCCUGCUCCACGCUCCACCCCUGGUGUUCCUGAUCUCCAGGUCUUUGUCCCCGGAACUUGCGCUCGCUCCUGGGUGUCCACCAGGGCUCUUUUUUUUUUCUCGCUCGCAUCUGGAUUCCAGUUACGACUUUAGCGAACAGUCCGGCGUCCUGUCCCCACACCAAACCACGGCCGCGCUCACUUUUCUGGAAAGAAAGCAAGAAAAAAAAAAAGGAAGACAAGAAGAAAAGCAACUUCUCUCCCGGCAACUUCCCCGCAGCCUGCCUGUCCUCCCGUGGUUCCAGCUUUUCGUCGAAGCAGCAGCAGCAGCAGCAGUGCGGCUCUGAGAUUGUUGCCUCCAGUCUGAGAGAAAAGUUUUUGCGCGUUUGAAAAGUGCAGUUUUUGAAGCACCUCCGUGUUUUUGUCGCUUGAGUCUGGAACUCAGCAUUUAGUGUAGCUGUUAGACGGACGUGUUUCGGUGUUUUUUGGGGGUUUUUUGUGUGUGUCCACUCGGAGCGGGUUUCGAGUGCUGGCCUCACAGCUGCUGUGAAUGAAGUAUCUGUUGAGCCGAAGGAACCAGCGCGUCUCCAUGAGGAAGCUCAGCGUGGGAGUCGCUCAAACUUCGUCCUAGCUCACGCGCACCUGAACCAACUUAGAUAUAUUUUUUACCUUCUUGCGCAGGUAGUUUUUUUUUUUUUUUUUAGUUUUAAAGUACAGAAAAUGAAGACGCUCUUGGUGCUGUGUGUGGUUUGCACGCUGGUUGUGUUGUCCGCGUCGGGGACUGCGGAGCAAAAGUUGAAGAACUGUAACGAAGUUCGUGCUGCUUACAGCUCCAAAGGCUUCAACGUCAACGAUGUGCCCAACAAAGGAAUCAACGGAGCCCCCCUGAAAGUGUGUCCGCAGGGUUUCUCCUGCUGCACGGUGGAGAUGGAGGAGAAGCUGAGCCAGCAGAGCCACACGGAGAUCAAAGCUCCCGUCUCCAGGCUUAGCACCAACCUACAAUCCACCUUCAAACAGAAGCACAGCCACUUUGACAAGUUUUUCCGUGAGCUUUUGAAAAAUGCGGAGGUCUCGCUGCACAACAUGUUUGUGCGAACAUACGGGAUGAUGUACGUGCAGAACGCAGAGCUUUUCAAGAACUUCUUCGAGGCCCUGACGCGGUACUACAUUUCCGGCAGCGCCGCCGUCAACCUGGAUUCUAUGCUGUCGGACUUCUGGGCUGACCUUCUGGAGAGGAUGUUCCGGCUGGUCAACGUGCAGUAUGAGUUCAGCGACGCCUACAUGGAGUGCGUCAGCCGGCACACGGAGCAGCUGCAGCCCUUCGGCGAUGUGCCGCGCAAACUCCGCAUCCAGCUGACACGUGCCUUUGUGGCCGCACGCACCUUCGUACGCGGCCUGGCACUGUUGCCGGAGGUGGUCAACAGAGUUUCUACAGUCAGCGCGUCUCCCAGCUGUGUGCGAGCAGCCAUGAAGAUGUUGUACUGUCCCUACUGCUCAGGCCAAGUGGCCCUGAAACCGUGCCAGAAUUACUGUCUGAAUGUGAUGCGGGGGUGUUUGGCCAACCAGGCUGACUUGGACACAGAGUGGAACAACUUCCUCGAUGCCAUGCUCGGUCUGGCCGAGAGGCUCGAAGGUCCCUUUAAUUUUGAGUCCGUCAUGGAUCCCAUCGAUGUGAAGCUUUCGGAUGCCAUCAUGAACAUGCAGGAGAACAGCAUGCAAGUGUCACAGAAAGUUUUCCAGGGAUGCGGGAUGCCUAAAGCAAGCAUGGCUUUCCGCUCUACGCGUUCUGUUAAAGAAACGAGCUUUACUGGCCGCUUCCGCCCUUACAGUCCUGAUGCAAGACCCACUACUGCAGCUGGGACCAGUUUAGAUCGACUGACAAGUGAGGUGAAGAAGAAGCUGAAACAUGCAAAGAAGUUCUGGUCCACAUUGCCAGAAACCGUGUGUGCAGGUGAGAGGAUUGCACCUGGCGAUGAGUGCUGGAACGGUACAGCAAAAAGCAGGUACGAGUCAGUUGUCAUUGGCAACGGACUGGCCAAUCAGGUAUCGAACCCAGAUGUGGACGUGGACAUAACAAAACCAGACACUAUGAUUCGCAGUCAGAUUGCAGUUCUGAAGGAGAUGACGAGCUGGCUCAAAGCUGCAUACAGUGGCAACGACAUCUCUUUUGAUAACGACGAGGACGCCAGUGGAGGAGAGGAGAGCGGCAGCGGUUGCGAAUCCUGCGAUUCAAACGAGGACAUCUACUUCUCCACCCCACCAAACCCCAGCAACCCGCGGGUCAAUCUGGUACACUCUGAUCCAUCAGCCGGGGUUGCCUCACAGGGAAGCAUGGCGCUGGCGCUCUGCGGGCUGGCCCUGGCCCUGCUCGCCCCCCACUUGAGAUAAAACUGGCUGGGCAGGGACAGGAAGAGAAUGACCAGAAAUCACGGAGCGAAGGGGAAAACUGUCAGAGAGACUUUAAAAAGACUGCCUUCAGGACCUUGGACUGUCCGCCAUUGGGGGGGAAGACUCUUCUUAAUAUUACAAUAACUUCACUAUUAACUAUUUGUUUGUAUGUUUAUAAGGACAUCAGUGUACAGCAAUAUGAUUUUCUUCCCAAGAAAUGCGCCUUUUCCCCCUGAUAAACCUGUACUCCAGUGGCUCUUCUGAGGCUACGUUAUGGUUCUGCUUGCAGCAUUACAAACAUUAUAGAAUUGUCUUUUUUGGCAAUUUAAUCUCAUGAUUCUUGGGUGUCUUCUGCAGUGAUUGCCAUCUGAUAACUAAAUAUUACGAAAGAUGUUUGGUUGAACAGUGAGUGCCUGUAUUGGGACAUAUCUUCAUAUUUCUGAGGAUGUUUUUUUUCUUUCCAAUAUUCAGAGAUCAGUUGAGCACCAGACAUGGAAAUCAUAUAAUGUUGUUAUGAAAGGUAACAAUUCAUAGCAGCAAUUUUGCACAUUAUGAAUGUGCACACUGUGAAUAUUUGUGUCUGUGCAUUUCUACAUUUAGAAACAUCAGCCAGUCAGAAAUUCUGACGCUUGCUGUUGAUCUCAGCUAAGGAGCAGUCUGAGCAGAACACAGUUCAUCUCUCAGAAAUACAGUGAGAGAAGUUGCAGCACAGGUAUCUAUGCUUCACCUGGAGAUGGAAUCAUUUUUUUUAGAAGAGCCUACGGGGCGUUCUGCGAGCCCGAAACAUGCAUAUUGUAUGUCUGCUAUGAGCAUUAUCACAACCUAACUUUUCAUUUCCUCAUUAAUUUAAUGUCUUCAUCUAAAGCCGUUCAGUAGUAAGGUCAUACCUCAUGCAUACUCUCAUUGUCAAUGCAAUCUAGUGGUGUUAAGCUGAAAGUGUCAGAUAGAGUUAGAUAUGUGGCCGGUGUCCCCCUGCCGUUACCCCUAAGAAGGCAAAGCUGACAUGUCCUGAAUGGCCUUUUUGGUACUGUAAGCUCAGUUCAGCACAGAAGAUCUGACUCUAUACAGUCUUACUGGUUUGAAACAGAAUAAGGUGGCGACAUGUACGUUCAGAGCGUUUCACAUUAAACUAGAGAAGAGGAACAAAAGACAGUGUUUGAUCAAGUGAAAUCAAGAAAAGAUUAUUUUAAUACAGGGUUUUAUGUUGAGGAGGUGUUGUAAUUUUUAGCUGUUUUUGGUAUGAAGCUAUAUAUUAGGUACUACAGUGGAUUUUACUGCUAGUUUUAGGUGGUGGAAGAGGACGGUGUCCUCAGAUAAUGGGGACACUUGUGGUCAGUGUGCACAGUUUUGGGGGCUUUUUUUAUUUUUUAUUUUUUUUUAUUUUGCCCACAAACUCCCCCGUCCCACAAUACCAACUUGUACCUCUUAAAUGGCCUGUGUCAGUAUAAAUGGACUCAUCCUGAACCAUUUGAUCUACCUAUCCUCAUCCUCACGUUCUCAUCAUUUCAACUCGGUGUGGAAUGUUGAAGUAUUGUUACAGUUACUACCAAAAUUAAUGCAAUGUAUGGUGCCUGAUUUUUUUUUUUUUUUUUUUAACUUUGGUACAUUAUUAUCUUCUUAAGGUAAAAAAAAGAAAAGGAAAAAAAAAAAGUAUGUAGAUGUUGAUGAUUUAUGAUCUGUCUGCUCGAUUCCCUGACGGGUGUUUUGAGUGUAUUCUUACCAGCUGACAAGCACAAUGUAAGAUUUUCUCUGUCUUCUAAUUUGAUAAUCGGGUCUGUAAGUUGCAUUACCUGGCCAUUUCAUCUCUAAAAUGAUGCUGCCUUGUGUAGCUUUUGUACAGUAACUUAUGCAUGUGUUUUAAUGUCAUUGCAAACAUGCCUUUAGAACUGACAGAUUAUCUGAAAUACAGCACCCAGGAUGCUUUGAUAUGAACAAUUUAGGUAAAAAAAAAGAAAAAAGUAUUUGUUUCUCAAAGUAAUUUAUUAAAUUGAUCAGAUUUGGGGGCUUUAAUUAUUCAUUUUGUGAAUUUUUUUAAAACAAGUUCACAUUUGUCUGCAGGUCUGAAACAAUUAGAUGUAGUGAAGAAGAAGAAGAACAGUAAACGAUAGAAAGAACCCUUUUAGUUCUUGUUUGGCUUUCAGAUUGACAGGUUGAUUGUAAGCUUCUAUUUUCUCAAAACAAAUAGUUUCCACAAAUCAGACGUCAACAAAGGACAUCAAUAUUAACAAUCUGACUUUGAAGGAUUUGAUGAAACAUCUAUGCAACCCAUAUAAAAUACUGAAGCCUUAAUUUAAAAGCACGUAGCUGCGCUUCAGCAGCUCGAUUUGGCAUUACUUCUGCAGGUGACCAGUUCAAUUGUCCUGUUUUUGUGUUCCACCAACAUUUCUACAAGGGCUUGUGCAUGUGUUCGUGUCAUGUGGAAGAGUUGUGUCGAGUGUGAAGAAACCCAAAGUUUCUGAGAGUCGGAGGAGAUGUUUUGGGUGACGAUGGUAAAUGUCUGUGCUUGCAGGCCAGGGCAGCAGCAUUUUCCGGCUGGCGGGGAGCUGGUCCAGCUGCUGGAUGUUUGCUCAUUCGAUCCGCAGAGCAACUUCAGUCUCGUGACUUUAAAGUCGAGUUGGGCGGGUGCUGAAACCUGUCCGCCUGCCUUUGGCCCACAAGAGCAGAAAGGACUCGCUCUCUGAGCGGAGAGUGAGUGAGUGACUGAAAAGAAUGAAAAAUGUGUAAAUAAAGAGCAGCCGUUUUUAGAUGUCUCUAAAAGAGGCCUUAACAGUACACCAGAUUUUUACAUGUCAGAGUAUCUCCUAAAUGUUAUGGAAAAAACAAGAUGAGAUAGAUGUUAAAUUGUAAGAGGAAAAUGUAUAUUAAACAACAUUUCUUAGUCUUGUUGAAAUAAAGACUGCCAAUAUUUAA